GCUUUUAUGUGGAGGCGACCUCGGCUGUUGGUACAGGAGGUGUUUCGCAAAAUACCUUCAGCAUACGGCGAGCUUAGAUUUUCGCUUGCAAAGCACUCAACUAGCAAUUGCGGUGAUAAUUUGAGGACAGAUCGUGUAAAAGAAUUGAAACAGCGAAUGAGCUACGGGCCUAAUCUGGGCGAUUUUGUAAAAUCGAGUACCCCUCUGGGUCUCCCAAACAGUGGCGGAUGCGCUUCUCCAAUUGGCCGAGUGCCCACUGGAAGACUUCGCCUACCCAAUUGGUUGAAGAGAGAGAUCCCGCAUGGCAAGAUGAUAUCGGAAAUGGCAGAUAACCUUCGAGGUCUGAAAUUGCAUACGGUAUGUGAGGAGGCACGCUGUCCGAAUCGGAGUGAGUGCUGGAAGGGGGGCGAAGACAGCGUACCCACGGCAACAAUUAUGAUAAUGGGCGAUACUUGCACCCGGGGAUGUCGAUUCUGUUCUGUGAAGACGGCUUCCCAUCCAUCGCUUCCGGACCCAGAGGAACCAUAUAAGACUGCAGAUGCUGUGAGCAAAUGGGCCGUAGAAUACAUCGUAAUCACAUCCGUGGAUCGUGAUGAUAUCCCUGACGGUGGGGCAUCCCAUUUUGCGGAAACCGUGAGACAAAUCAAAAUCAGAUCCCCAUCCAUCCUCGUUGAAUGCCUACUGCCAGACUUUCGAGGAAGCAUUGCCGCCAUAACAACUAUGGUGGACAGCGGUCUUGAUGUCUACGCACACAACAUUGAGACAGUGAAAUCCCUCCAAAAAACUGUGCGAGACCACAGAGCAGGCUACCUCCAAUCUCUGGCAGUACUGGAGUAUGCAAAGAAGUACGACAGACAGCGUCUGGCGGUUGCAGGUGGCGGCAAUCUUGUAACAAAGUCAAGCAUCAUGCUGGGCUUCGGGGAGACCGAUAACGAAGUUUUUGAAACUCUCUCUGACCUCCGCCUGGCUGGGGUCGAUUGUGUAACUCUCGGUCAGUACAUCCAACCCACUCGGCGACAUCUCAAAGUCCGUGAAUACAUCCAUCCAGAUAAAUUUGCUUACUGGGCCGAUGUGGCAAAGUCGCUGGGCUUCCUGUCUGUAGCUAGUGGUCCUCUGGUGCGCUCUUCCUACCGAGCAGGGGAGUACUAUAUCAAAAAUAUCAUUGGAGCCAGGAGGAUGAAUCAGAUGUGA